AUGGCCGACUCGCUGUUGGAGCUGCUGGCUCCGCACUUGGACACGCCACAGACUCACGAUGCUACGACUGCACAGUAUCUCAAUCGCCUGUCGACUCUGUCCUUACAAUCCCUGCAGGACACCGAACCCCAGUCUCUCGCACAAUCAUCCCAUUCGACGCUCCUUUCUCUCCAAGCCCUGUCCAAUCGCUCACAUCGCGCCUUCAUUACAUCCGCCGAUAAUCUAUCUACACUACGAUCCUCCAUCCCUCAACUAACCCGCGAGGCUCAACAAGUUUGCGAUGCCCUCCCGAAGCUCGACGAGGAGGCGGUUGGCUUCUCUACCAAGUACAGCAAGAUCACAGAUAAUCCCGCCCUAGAACGGCGGAAGAGGGCCAUGCAGCUGGCACGAAAUGUCGAUCGACUCUCGGAUAUCCUAGAACUGCCGACCUUACUGUCCACCGCCGUCUCCGCAGCGUCUGCCAACUCCGGCGCCGGAGCUGCCUCCACCACCUACUCGUCCGCCCUCGAUUUGCACGCACACAUCAAACGACUUCAGACAUUAUACCCCGAUUCACCUUUAAUUCAAGAUGUGGUUGCACAGGCAGAGGAUGCGAUGAAGGAUAUGACAACCAACUUGAUUGCGGGCCUCCGGGCCCAGAACCUACGGUUAGCAGCUGGCAUGCGAACCGUCGGUUGGCUACGACGAGUGGCUCCGGAUUUGGAGACACUUCAGAACGAGGGUGCCGCCGGCACCGGAGAAGGAGCGCUAGGCGCCAUCUUUCUGAUCUGUCGACUCUCCCAUCUGGUCUCGACCCUCGAGGCCCUGGACCCGCUACGGGAACUUGCAGACCAAGAAACUCAGCGAAGGAUCAGCGGCAAGGACAAGUCCGAAAACUGGUCGGACGGUCAGCAGACUGACCGCUAUUUGAAACGAUACAUUGAGAUCUUCCGUGAGCAGAGCUUCACCAUCGUCUCGCUAUACAAGAAUAUUUUCAGCUCGGAACAGUCUGAUUCCGAGCCGGCUGUAUCAGGCAUGCGAGCUGCGGACAAAUCUCGAUCACAGUCAAGCCGCCCAGACGACCCAUUGCAAAAUCUCCCUUCGGCCCUCGCCACAUUCCCGAUGCACCUGGUGCAGUUACUUACUGAUACGAUGCGGAUAUACCUUCCUAAUGUCCGGGACCGGAGCUCGCGAGAGUCAUUGCUUACGCAGCUUUUAUACUGUGCAGCUAGUUUGGGGCGGCUCGGGGGCGAUUUUGGCAUGAUUCUGACCGAGCUGAGUGGGGAGGAAAUCAGUUACGAAUGGGAGGAGGUGAUGCGUAAGCACCGGGCGCUGGCAGGACGGCUGGAGCAACUGACCAGCCGAGUGCCUGUGCAUUGA